AUGAACGGUCACCACCAGUACCAGCACCAGCAGCAGCAGCACCAACACCAGCGCCAGCGGCUACUGGAGCAGCACCGGCGACUCCUGGAGCAGCAACAGCGACGUCUCCCGCAACAGUGCAGCCGACUUCCAUCAGCCGCCGCCCCUGAAGAAGUAUCGCCCAAUCCUGUGAUUCUUCCUACACAGCAGCCACCUCCACCGCAGCCGAAAUACCGACCACGAAUCGUGCAUCUCGCCAAUGAGGACGCGCUCUCGGCGGCGUUGACCGCCGACGGUUACCGGUUGGGCUCGACCGUCGGCCACGGGUCGUACAGCAAAGUCCGGAUAGCGUUUUGGGCGGCGCCGGCGUCGUCGGCCACGGCUCGGGUGGCGUGCAAGGUGAUCAACAAGAGACGCGACCCCGGCACUUCGUCGUACGUGCGAAAGUUCUUGCCCAGAGAACUGGAAGUAUUGCGCACGGUCCGGCACCCAAACGUGGUCAGAACGCACCGGAUAUACGUGACGCCGUACACCGUGCACGUGUUCAUGGACUACUGCGAGAUUGGUGACCUGCUCAGCCAUAUGCAGCACGUUAAGACCAUACCGCAGUGGCAAGCGCACACGUUCUUCAGGCAGUUAUGCGAGGCUGUGGAUUAUCUGCACCGAAAAAACAUCACGCACCGUGACAUCAAAUGCGAAAACGUACUAUUGGAAAACAUGCGGACGGUCAAGUUGACCGAUUUCGGAUUCGCCAGGUUGUGCGCGGAUGAGCGAGGCCGGAGACUAAUGAGCCAGACGUACUGCGGCAGUUCGUCAUAUGCUGCACCAGAAGUGCUACAAGGCAUACCGUACGACCCGAUUUCCUACGACAUGUGGGCACUGGGAGUUGUGCUAUACGUGAUGCUAGCCGACGCUAUGCCAUUUCCACACUCUAACCGACAGCAGAUCGUGGCCAAUCAGAUAGCUAAGAAGUUCUCCAGACCCAAGAAACCAGUGUCCCGAGAGGCGUUGAAACUUAUCUCGAUUAUUUUAGAGCCAGACGUUCAUAAAAGAGCAACCAUGCAUCAAGUAAAACAUCAUCCAUGGGUUAAACAACAAAAUCCAUAUCAUACUCAUUAA